UAGUAUGGGUACAAGUAGAAGUUUUGCUCAAGAGUACCAGGAGAGACAGGUAUCAUAAACCACAGUCACCCAUCUGCCAGAUGAGCUCCGAUGCCGCCAGACAAUGUUCUCUAGUCUUGAUCAUUCAUUGGUUGUAAAAACAAGGGACGAUUUGAUAUAGUACUAACUCGGUUCCAGUGGAAAGUGUUGGCCAAAAUGGAAAGCUCAUUAUUGGACAACAGUUUAUCAAAUCUAGAAGAUGUGGACAACUUGAUCAAUAGUUUGUGGAAUGAAAACCUGUUAAGUAAUAUUAGUGAAGAUCAGCUAGUAGGGGUAAACCAGUGGUACUACGAUGGAGCGCCUCCGAUGGGUCGUAAACAAAAUGAUAAGGUAUCCAUUAAAAAAGAUGGCAUUGCUAUUACCAAAGCGAAUCCGGUAUUGGAGGAAAGUCCCGGGAAUUUAAGCGAUGCCAUUCAGAAAGAUCAAUUUGCAUAUAGUAGUAUGAGUCAGCAUCCCGAGACAUCUACUCCGAUGUGGUAUGAUUACUUGAGUGAUAUGGAAACCGUUGUUCCGGUGCCAAGUUUCACGUUAGGUCCAGAAAGUCAACCAACAGUAAUGGUGAGCUCCACCCAGAACCAGUCGGCGAGUUCUGCUCAAACACAGUCGACCAGUGGAGAUCUACAGGUGUACGAAACUAAUGGUGCCGACUUCAGAACGAAGCCAAUCGAAACAGAUGUUCAUCGAAAUUGGUCUGAUGUUAUGCAGGAGGAUAAAAUCGAACAUUUGCACAAAUUGCAACCUGUACAGCAGGCACAUCUCAAGCCUGUGUCAAGUCCAGACCUGUUAAACGAAGCGAUCAUAACUCAAAUUCCGUCCUGCAAGUCUACGUCUAGCCAGAGAACACCACUCAACCAGCUGAUGACCACACCCAACGUGGAUAAUUUGAGGACACAGCAAGUUCAAGACUUCCCGACGAUUGCAGCACCGUCAACGACUAGCACUUGCGACGAGACAAUAUCGCCAAUCGAUGCAGCAGAACCAGCUCCCGGAAUAACUUGUGCAGAAUAUUUUUCAUCCGCACAAUUCGCUUUUGAUGAUUUGGAUGAAUUGGAGCCUAGCUUGGCCUACAGCAUGCCAUCUUCAAGCUAUACUCAAUUGCCUUCUUCACCAUUCUGUAAUCAAGUAGUUACACAUCCAGCCCCUGUGGCCCCAACCGUUCAAGCCAUUAUUCCAUCAGCGAGUAACGUUCAAGUUCCGUAUGGGUACGUCCGUCCAGCGGCUGGUAACAGCAAUGUCUACCCGGUUCGGGAAGUCUACCGAAUCGAUGCCCCACAGCCUACGGCGACUGACAAGUCCAACUCGGAGAAAAUAUAUGGCAAUCGCAAAAUCCCAUAUGGCACCGAGAUCUACUGCAACAUAUGCAAGCUGGAAUUCGGCAGAAAGAGCAGCUUCAGGCAGCACGUGCGUCAAAAGCACCAGGAAGCCCGGCCUUUCCGGUGCAACAUCUGCGGGAAAACGUACCUCACAGAGCGGGCCCUGCGUGAGCAUCGCCGGAAUCAUGAUCCCAGAAUGAAGCCACAUAAGUGCCAUAGUUGCGAGAAAAGCUACCGCCACAUGAAGGAUCGUGAUCGUCAUUUCGAAACGCACCACGGAACGCCGUCGUAUGUAUGCGUGAUUGAGGGCUGCUCCAAGGCGUUCGCACGGCGCGAUCACAUGAUGGCGCAUGUGGUCUGCCACGAGAACCGAUUGAAGCGGGAGGUGGAAGGGCCGGAAAUUAGAGCAGAGAGGAGGAAAAACCAGGCAAUCGGGAGAAAACAGAUGAAGGAGUAUAAACGCUGGAGUUUAGGAAUGGACAUCGAUAGCGCUCACAUCGGUUUCACCUCCGUUUGACGUUUGGCGCACAACCGCCAUCUUAUGCCAACUUGACGGUUUCCCCACGGAACGACUAUAUUCCCGUAAUGAUGAUUUUUGUUGUUAUUGUAGAAAGCCAUACAUCCGUUUGUCUGUGAUAAUAUUAGAGAAGAAUAAAAAACAGUAUACAAUGAUUUUAUAAGUACAAAAAAAGUAUUAUUAUUAAAAUAUAAUGCUUAAGCACAGACAAACAGACGUAACACUUGCUUAAUUCCCAUCGACCACGCUUUUAACGAUCAUUUUAAAUUUUUAUAGUUGUGGCUUUCACAAUCAGAGGCGCGCGCAUCGUUUUUCUAUGCGGUUGACGUUUCACAUUAGCGCCUUCUGUUGACGAUAUUGCUCAACACAGUGAUUCGUGCAACUUUUCCACCAGGUGAUGGUAGUGUGAACUGGGCGAUGGAUUUCCAUUAAAAUCGUUCAAGGUGUUACGUCUGUUUGUCUGUGGCUGUGUUUAUUUCUCAGUUUCGUUUCCGAACUUCAACUUUGAAUUGAUAGUUAGAGUUGUUCACGUUUUGUUAGUUAUUGUUCCGAAGUUAGUCAAUUUUUGCUUUGUUGUUAGAGAUUAGAAGAAAUAUUUUCCGUUUCAAGUAAUCAAACCGUAGUAGUAAUCCAUAGAAGAAAAUUUUCAAGAAAAAUCAAGAAAUUAUUAUUGUACA